UCAAUCGCAAGAAACGGAUUCUGUUGAGGUACUGACGCCUCUGCAAGUCACAUAAAAGAAAUCACAGCCGCGCUGGCUGAGCAUUUACCUCUCAUGUUUGAACUUACGUUUCCUUUCGAUGGACGUAUAAUGACACGCCUCGCUCCGUUACCGUUCCUCUGGGCCCUUAGCGUGAUAGAUGAUGCACCAACCGAAAUUGCAGGGGUUCUCUGAAAGGCGAUUGAGAGGUGUUUCCAAAUGAGUCGCAAUAGACGGCUAAGAUACCUUGAAUUCAAAGACUUGGAACCUAGCUUUUGACGGUCCUUUGUGACGUUGCUAUAAAGUAGGGCCGCUUGGAAGUAGAGUGUUGAGCCCACACCUCCAAACCCAUGUUGCUUCCGUUCAACAUGUACGACUUUCCGCCUCUCACGUACAAUGCCACUGAAUCUGGUAUUGGUGAUGAGCAGCCGAACUAUAGUCGUCUCAUGUGUCAGGACAUGUUCAAUGACCAAAACAUCUCAGUUACUGGUAUCGACGAUAUCGAUGGAACAGGAGGCACGUCACAGACAGCCCAUCCGCCUUCACGCGAUACUGCCGAACUGGGUCAGGGUGAUCGUUACGGACUUCAAGUGAAUGGUAGCACUACGUAUGACCACGAUUCUAGCCUUGCUGGCCUGAUACACCCUGAGUCUACAGACCAGCUAAUUUUGCGGAAGUUACUACAGAUGGAGGCCACGGUAAACAGGCUAGAACAGGCGAGAAAAGAGGGCGUAGACAAGACACUUAACGAAAGAAUGAACAUAUUGGCCGAAAGGCUAGAUAAAAUGGAUGUCAGGGUCAAUGCCUUUGCGGGAAUUGUUGAUGAGCUACUUGACUUGCCAGACAAGGUCGAAAAUCUCUCAAAAUGGAUGAAUGACUUGGGCAACACCUUCCAGAGGGAGAAAGAAUGGAUGAAUAACUUAAUGUCAGGGGUAGAUGACGCCUGCAAGAGGUUUCGCUACCUAAUCUUCGGCUUAUCCCAGCCGCGCGGUCGAAACAGGCUCGGGAGUGGGCAUGAGAAGGAGCAGGAAAAUGAAGGGUGAGACGGUAUUGAUGGCCUUGGCAUUUGGCGAAAUACAGGAAUGGCAUGUUUUGUUUACAGAUGAAAUACGUUGUAGUUGAGCCUUUGUUUGCAUGAAUUUCAUGUAUCCAGCAAAACAGUAG